AUGCGGGCGUCGUCCGCAAGUGAAAAACAUUCGUCAGCAGGGUGGGGGCUCGGCCGGGGCCAAUGGACGGGCGGAAUGAUUCCCAGGAACGCCAUCAUGUCUGACAAGAAGGCAGUGAUCAAAAAUGCCGACAUGUCUGAUGAAAUGCAGCAGGAUGCAGUGGACUGUGCCAUGCAGGCCAUGGAAAAGUACAACAUCGAGAAGGAUAUCGCUGCCUAUGUCAAAAAGGAGUUUGACAAGAAGUACAAUCCCACGUGGCACUGCAUUGUCGGGAGGAACUUUGGCAGCUACGUUACUCACGAGACGAAGCAUUUCAUCUACUUCUAUCUGGGUCAAGUGGCCAUUCUGCUCUUCAAGUCCGGCUGA